ACCACUAUUUCAGAGGCCAUGUCGGAGGCCAUCCAUGUUUUUCGUGGCCAUUGUGCUUCAAAGAUAUUCCCCUUUGGGAGACUUUGAUUACCUGGCACAUCUACGUGAAAACUGGUGGGCUUGGAUUCUUGGCCGUGCCAACUCUUGGUCCAACUUACUCUAUGACGCCAGGGCUCCGCUGAGUCGAACCCCAUGUCCUCCCCCUGAACUGGCUGGUGGCGACCCGAGCUACCCCCAUCGCCAUUCAUCUCCUCAUCGGGCACGCUUCCGUCUUUGUGCUCCCUCUCCUCCCCGCCGUCUUGAGCGUGUUCAUCCCCCAUCGGCACCUCCUCCCCGCCGUCCAAGAUCAACACAUGAACAGAACGAACAGAUCAGACAGAGAGAAAGAGCUCUGUCGAUUAUCGCACAAUUGUUGUACAAGUGCUCCUGUCAACUACUACUACUACUACUACUACUACUACUACUACUACUACUACUACUACUACUACUCCUGGACUAUAUUAGUGGGCUUGUCGUCAUGUUAUCAUCGCAUUGCAUUGCUAGUUUGAGUGUGGAUCGGAAUCCUCCUGCUUUGUGGCUGAUUCGGGAUUUCCUGUCCAAUUGGUGACGCGUAGCCAGCCCCUCAUCGGGCCUUUGACAUUGGACAUUGUGGCAAGAUUGUCGGCGGGAUCCCACUACAAACGAUUGGAGGGCGUAUCGGUCGGGCGCUUAGUCCGACUUGGAAACUCCCCUGGGCCUGGACUCGUCAAACCCUCUCUACUCUCGUGGGCAGCAUGCUGGUGGAUAAUGCGGGUUGUCCCCGGGUGGUCCGAUGGAUCCAACCUUGGGUGUGUCCCAUUGCGCCCGCGGCUCGAUUACAAUCAUACAAGUUCUUCAUUCUGUUCCUGACCUAUGUGGCCUAUACGUGCUACCACAUGUCCCGCAAACCCAUCAGUGUAGUCAAGACCAUUCUGUUGAAUUGCACGGAGUCAGCCGGCGAAAAAGGCAAUUGCACCUCGUUCAUUGACCAAAUGAAUGGCCAGGAAGAGCGGGAUGCCAAACGCAUUGAAGGCCUGUUGGACACGUCUUUCUUAUUCUCUUACGCCUUCUUCAUGUUUAUCAGCGGUUUUGUGGCCGAGCGCGUUGAUUUGAGGUAUUUUCUGUCCACGGGCAUGAUGCUGUGCGGAUUGUUCACCAUGGCCUUUGGUUUGGGCAAGUAUUGGGAGAUUCACAGUUUCUACUAUUAUCUCACCAUUCAGGUUUUUGCGGGCGCUUUUCAAACCACGGGUUGGCCUGGUGUGGUCACGGUGGUCGCCCAUUGGUUUGGCAAGGGCAAGAAAGGCCUAAUCUUUGGGAUUUGGAACUCGCACACCUCCAUUGGCAACAUUUUAGGAUCGCUUCUAGCAGGUGUUUACGUGGAAACAGAUUGGGCCAUGUCCUUCAUCCUCCCUGGUAUGAUCAUCGGCUCGGUUGGAUUCAUCUUCUGGUUCAUCUUGGUGCCCAAGCCCGAAUAUGUCGGAUUGGAUGUGGAUUCCAGUAGAAACUAUGCCGGUUUAACCAGUGUGCCAACUUCCGGACCCGGUUCGGACACCGCCUAUCAUGAACAGCCUCGCUCUGGAGAGACCACGCCCCUUCUGGGAGACUCUGACGAUGAUGAUGACGGAUUGCAAGUUCUUCGACGAUCUAACUCUACGUCCGAGAGCAUUGUAAAUGCGAAUAUUGUGGACCCGAACGAGAUUGAGGCCAAUCUUCAGGAGCACCAUUCAAGUCCCAUCACAUUCUGGGGUGCCUUGAAAAUCCCAGGUGUGGCAGAAUUCGCCUUGUGUCUUUUUUUUGCCAAAUUAGUGAGUUAUACCUUCCUCUUCUGGUUACCAACGUUCAUCAAAGAGAACGGUAAAUACAUAACGUCGGAAAAUGCAGCCUAUCUUUCCACCUUGUUCGACAUUGGAGGCAUCCUGGGCGGUAUAAUUGCCGGACUAGCCUCGGAUUACACCGGCAAAAGCGCCACCACGUGUGCUGUCAUGCUGGUUUUAGCAAUUCCAAUGCUGUUCACCUACGAAUGGUUCGGAAGCAUCUGUCCCAUCAACUGGCAUGUCUCCAACGGGUGCUUCUCGACCAAUGUGGUUAUGUUGCUCAUGGUGGGCCUUUUGGUCAACGGGCCCUACGCUCUAAUCACGACCGCCGUGUCGGCCGAACUUGGCACUCAUCCGAGUCUUCGUGGAUCCUCGAUGGCUUUGGCCACGGUGACUUCGAUCAUAGAUGGAACGGGAUCCAUUGGAGCGGCCAUUGGACCAUACAUGGCGGGAGCUAUUCCUGAGCUCAAAUACGUGUUCUACAUGCUCAUGGGAGCGGAUGUGUUGGCACUUAUUUUAUUGUCGCGGUUGGUCUUGAGAGAGAUUUCUCAGUAUUUCAACUCCAGGCAUCAAGGCACGGUUCAGCAUCACCGUUUUAGCUGAUGUUUUCUAUCGAAAUCCAGAAAGAUCUGAAGCGAAAUAAUAACUUUUACUUAACUAAACCAAACUACCCGUGUGAUAAUGUAUCAGCUUUUGUCCUGUCAUGUGAAAUCCCAAUAUUUGUGACCAUCAUUCAUCUGAACUCGUUUGAUAGUAGAUAAGCAAUAAACAAGUACAUUUUGGUUUUCUACAA